AUGGCUGAUCGUACGCAAACAUUACAUCCUACGAUUGUCAGUGAUGGACAUGGAGCUGCAGAGCAGAAGCAGAGGAACACGCUCAUGCAUGGAGGACAGUUUGCUCAUUUCACCAAAAAGGGAAAACAAAUAGUCAAUGGAUGUCUUUCACCCAUCUUCAGACUGAAGAGGAAGAGACAGCCUACUGAAGAGACAAAUCAGCGCCCUUGGACAAUGAACAACCAGUGCAAGGCAAAAAUGACAGAAAUUGUCCAGCAAACACAGUUGAAAGCGUGCAUGAAGGGGAGCAGCUCAAUUAGGGAAGGCUAUCUUAACUGGGCCUUGUUUCAACUUGGGAAUCCAGGAGGGAGAGGCCAACCCUUUACUUUGAGGACGAGCAACUGGAUGAGGUUGUCUCCUUCUUGUUUGCCGUCAUCAGGGAGACCCCAAGAGCAAGACAGCAGAACGACUGGAUUGACGUCGUCAUGA